AUGUCUAUAUACAAACACCACAUCGCCCUCCUAGGCGGCGGCACAAUCGGCCUCUCAAUGGCAGCACUCCACCUCCGACGCCCCGACACGAAAGUAACAAUCUACGACCCAAGACCCAACUUCGAAGCCGAAGUCCAAACAACCUUACCCGCCUACCUAAAUAGACCCCAAAUUCCCACCGACAAUAGCACUUCCAGCCCAUCAGAACCUACAAAAGUGCCAGAUAUCAUAACCAACCUCCUCUCAACAAGCCGUCUCACCGUCGCAAAAACAAUCCAAGAAGCGGUACAGUCCGCAAAUAUAAUCCAAGAACAAUCCCCGGAGAUAAAAACUUCCAAACAAGCUCUCUGGAAAGAAGUCUCUCUUUACGCGGAUAUCAACGCCCAUUUAUGGAGUAGCUCUUCCGGUAUCGCCGCAAGUCUUCAAGGUUCUCUCUGUGAACCUGAUAUCAAAGAACGCCUCCUAGUUGCGCACCCAUUCAAUCCACCACAUAUCAUGCCUUUGAUUGAGAUUGUCCCUGGACCGGAGACUCUUACCGAGAGGGUGGAGUUUGCUCGGUCUUAUUUUGGGGAUGCUCCUGGUCCUGAAUCUAAUGAAGGCGGGUACUAUAGACCUGUUGUUUUACAUAAGGAGAUUGAGGGAUUCGUGGGUAAUAGACUUGCGUUUGCAUUAUUGCGAGAAGCUUGUUACCUUGUUGGGGAAGGGGUUGUUUCUGUGGAAGAUCUUGAUACCUUGGUUAUGGCUAGUCUAGGUCCAAGGUGGGCGGGUAGUGGAGUGUUUGAGAGUUAUCAUGCUGGAGGUGGGGAGGGUGGUAUUGGGGCUUUCUUGCAGAAGCUGGCUCCGACCAUGAAGGGGGUUUGGAGUGGAUUGGGUCAGGUGGAUGUUUCGAUUGAUGGGGAUGAUGCGACUGAUGAGGCUUGGAGGGGAACUGUUGUGAAGCAAUCGGAGGCAGCAUAUGGUCCUUCUGCUUCGCCUGAAUCGCGUCAGAAAAAGGAGGUUAUGUUGAAAGGAGUUGUUGAGAUGCAGAAGAAAUGUUUUAUGAGUAUGAUUUACUAG